UGCUUUUCUUUUGCUUGACGAACCAAACUGGGCUACUUUAUUUUGUAAUUAAAUUCAAAGCCAAAAGGGAAAGGAAUAUAAAAUAUUAUAAGAAAUUGGUAGAUGCAGUGUUUGUGAUUAUACGAUCUGAUUUUCCUGCCUUUCUAUCUUGUAGAUAUGGAUAAACUUUAUUCUUUUAACCCAAAGAUAAUGAGUAAAACAAGGACAGCGGGUGAUGGAAUGGAAUCGGAUGAAAGCACAACAGAAACGAUUAAUAAUGUUGGUUCUAAAAGUACCGCUAGUCCGACAAGGAAGGAUAGUUUAUUACCGGCUCGUUUGGUGCAAGUGUACGCUACAAAAGUGAUCCAGUCAGAUAAGAGGAAGUCGAUAAACAUGAAGACACCAAAGUUUGUGCCGUAUGAACCAUAUCCAGCGGCCGUGAAGCCGAUGACGCCUCAAACGGCUUCAAAAGGAAUGAAAAAAUCGAGGAACAAUAUGGACAUUAAUACCUUGAUAAGUCAAAUGUCUCAGAUGAAUACUAGUUUGAAAGAAUUCAAACCUCGUCCAAAGUUGAACUCCACAGGUGAUAAAACUUCCUUGGAUAUUGAUACAAACAACUCAGAGAAAGUUGAGAUGCAGAAAAAGAUUGAUGAUUUGACUCAUGAAAAUGAAUCUUUGAAGGAACAGCUGAAGCAACAAGUUCAGGUCAACAAAGAAUUAAAAACAAUGCUGGUGGCAUCUAUGGGUGAGGACCUUGAGACUCAAGUACAAUCUCUCAAUGAAGAUAAGAAGCACUUGGCUAAUGCUUUGUUGAAUUCUGCACAACAUUUGUCUACUCAUCAGGAACAAACGGAAUGGUUAGCAGGCCAGUGUGAAGUAUGGAGAAGCAAAUUCCUAGCAAGCAGCUUGAUGGUGGAAGAAUUGGCACAAUGCAAGAAAUUACUAAGCGAUAAGACUGAAAAUUUACAACAAGCAAUAAAACAAUUGCUGGACGAGCGAUGCAGGGCGCGCGAUAUGAUGCUAUGCACUUACAAAAACUUGUACAGUCUACACGAAAAGUGGCUUGAGAAUAUCGCCAUUACCGAAUAUGUGGGAAACAGUAAAAUGUACAACCGUCCAAUUGGUAACCUGAAUUUCAACGCGACGAUACCUCAUUCAACUAAUAUUCUGGAUAUGACAUCCGUAAACCUGAAGCUUUCGGAAAAUAUAAGCAGUUCCGUUGAAAAGCAGGAUAUAAGUCAUUUGAAUAGUCUGCCUUCAGUCACUGAAGGCGAAAAGAAUGCUGAAAAUGUAAUGGCCAUGCCUCUCGACGUAAAGAAAGUGAACGAGGCACCAGUGAAUGCCUUAGUUCACCACGCUUACAGCAGCAGCGGUAAUACAGUUAGACCUAUUGCUUCUUGUGUACACUGUCACGGGAGAGUCCAACUACUGUAGAAAGUCUUUAAAUGAUAGGUAGGUAUGGUAAAGCACAAGAUUACGCAAUAGAGAUUAUUAAAGUCUAACUACGGUUCUCAGUAGAUGGGCGUAACUGAUUAACAAUAAUUCGGUAGGGAAAGGCUUCAGCAAAUGACAUUUCUUCAACGUUGUAUUUUCAGAGGAAAAAAUACAUGUUUUUUAUUAUGAGUAUUUUGACGACAAUACAGCGUGUUUUUUUUUCGAUUGUUAGCCAGUCUGCAGGCUGAAGGAAGAUAUACGAUUGAAUUUAACAACAUCUGAAGUUAUGAGAUUGUAACUAUCAUUUAACUUUAUUAAUUUGUACAGGGAUAUUUUGAUUGUGUUUAGGAACUUUGUUGCUACAGUCAGCAAUUUUAACUCAACGAUCGAAAAUCUUUCUGGUUUUACUAAAUAUUUAAAGACAGUAAAAUAAAAUGAACGUCAAUUAAUUAAGACGUAUCAAUAAUAUCAGUAUUUAUCUUCUUGUAAUUAUAGGUAGGUAAUUAAGAUUUUGUGGGAAAAGCUAGUAAAUUUCAGGCUGCCUACUUGUAAUCAAAUCUUAACAUUGAUCCCUACUAACAUUUUAUAUGUGAUUGAGUUUGUUUGUUACGUUUUUAUGAUACGAUAUUAAAUGUUUGAAUCGAUUGCGACGAGAUUGGUAUAUGAAGAUAGGAUUGACCCAAAGACGGCAAUUUAUCCUCACUGGAGGCAAGUCGAACCGCGGGAAACGGCUAAUUUAGUAUAAUUAUAAUUAUGGUGCUCUGUUUUAAUAAUUUUAUUUUAAAUACCUAACCAACUAACCAAGCAAUAUGUCUUCCGACAAUCCUUAGAAAUAGUUAGGUACAAUAAUUGAUGAAAAUUGAAUUAGUUUUAAUUAGGCAAUGAUCUAACUUUACAUAGGUAUGUUUCUCUUUUCCUUAAAAUAACGAAGUGUGUACAUAAAUGUUAAUUAAAAUGUAUGUAUUGUAUUUCCCGAAGUCACGUAGAAUGUUGACCUCAGAAACUUGUUUAUGUGCUAUUCUAUAACAGAAAAGAAAUAUGGCUAAUUAACGCUGUAAUUGGAAACUUGACUCUGUAGUAGGAAAACAACCGCUUGCCUUAUUUUUGAAAACAAGAUAUCGAUGUUUUUUUUUAUUGUAUUUUAGUUUUACGAUGUGUAAAGUGUAAUUUAUAAUAAAAUCUUUUUAUAAAAUAAUUUUGUGGAAGGUGGUGAAAUUCAUUCCGAAAGGCAUUUGUGUGUAAAAAUGUACAUAAUUCUGUUUAUUAAUAAAACUAUUUAUUGUUA